AUGGCUGGGACCACGUAUGCGCUGGUUAAGCACGACCGGCACCGCAUCGCCAACGCUCAGAUUAAUUCCGAUCCUUUCGCAUACAAAGCUUGUCAGAAGACUGCCAGCGCCGUGGUCUCCGGUGUGGACUGCAACGGGGCCAGAAUGUGGAACUGCCUGGAUCGGUACCCGACGGAAUGUCUCGAAGCGCUUGGUAACAUCUACAAGUCGGAAGCGCUCGCGGCGAAGAAACAGACAUGCAGAAACCCAGCUGGCGGUGUCCAUAUUGACGAUCCUGGCCGGCAAUCAUCGGCGCUUAUAUUACGUACCGACUUUGGGCACAUUGGGUCCCGCCGGUACCUCUGCGAGCUGCUGUUUGGCCAGGGCCACCACCGCUGUGUCAAGCACGCCGACUUCGAAGACGUAAUGGCAGCUUUUCUGGCGGAUCCAGCAGCAGACCGGUAUUUGGUCGAUGUGAAAGGGGGCGAUAUCCGGCGUGGUCCAUGGCUGGACAUCAGACUGCUACGACGAAGAAUACAUUUGCGGCAAAACAUGCUCGACCUCUUCGUCGGAGGUCCAGAUGGAGGAACUUCAACAACGAUCUGCACUCCGAGCUGGUGGACCAAGGUCGUGGAAGAUGCGUCUCCUUUUGACUACGUCCACUGGUCGUUCCACCGAGUACAAGAUUGCGGAUUCCACUUGGUGCACGAUCUGUAG